AUGGAGGAAGCAAAGGAGAUCACGGUAUUAUUUCAAGAAGACGGCAUUCCCUCCACUUCUACUUACCUGCGCUACCUUGGAACAUUCCCCGACCUGUAUCAGCUGACUGUCUGCUUCCGUCUUCACCUCCUGCAAGCAAGACAGGAAAUUCUCAUCCUCUCUUACGCGCACGAGAAUUAUGACAACGAGCUCUAUUUAGGGUUGAACUACGAGAAGCAGGAGGUGUCACUGGUGUGCUGCCAGCACCGGUGGUCGCUGGACGUGAGCGUCAAGCUCACGCUACGGCGCUGGUCCUCCUUCUGUCUGGCCGUGGACCUACACACGCGCGAGAACCACGUGGUGCAGGACGGCCAUCUCCGAGCCGGCCACGAUGGCACGCUGGUGGCGGGGGGCGGAGAGAUGCGCGUGGCGGGGGGUGGCAGUCUCUUCGUGGGGCAGGAGCAGGACUCACCCGGGGGAGGCUUCAAUGAGUUCCAGAGUCUGCGUGGCUCCGUGGGGGACCUCCGUGUGUACGACGUGGUGCUGCCCCAGGUUCAGAUGGAGGCCAUCACGGCGUGCCGGGCACCAAACACUCUGGAGCAGCCACUCAUUGACUUCUCUAACGUGACGGGCGACUUCGAGGUGCGCGGUGCCACUUUGCUGGCGCCGCCGCCCUGUAACCUGCGGGGCGAAGCCUUCCACGUGGUGUUUCCAGAGCCGCGGCUGUUCCGCGAGGCGCAGCAAAUAUGCCACGUACUGGGCGGCACCAUGGCCGUGCCGCACAACCCCUCCGAGAACGCGGCACUGUUCGAGCUGGCAGCGGCCUCAGCGGCGGGCUGCGGCGACGGCACGGGCGACACGCUGUGGCUAGGCGUGCAGGGCAAUCCGAAACAGCAGGCGUGGCUGAACGUUACCUCAGCCACGCCCGUCACCUACACCAACUAUGAUCAGCGGCGAGGCAUGACCAUCGAGCAGCCUGAGGUGUGUGUGGCCUUCAAGGGCACCCGCGCCGUGGUGGGCGCCUCGCGGGGCUCCUGGGUGCCGCGCCGCUGUGAUCUGGAGCGCUGCGCCGCCUGCCACUUCCACACUCUGCCCUUCGUGCGGGUGCGAGGUCUGUGCAGCAAGUCAGAGUUCGAUAAGAAGUACUUCCUGCUGGCAGGCGGCGGCGAGGUGGCCUUCAGCGGCGUGUACUACUCGCUGAUGACCAAGCUGCCGCCCGCAGCCAACGACUCCGGCGUGGGAGACUUCGGGGCGUGGCGCCUCACGCGGUACGACAAGCCUCAGGUGACGGCCACGCUGGCCAUGGCCUCACCCACGCACUACCCGCUGGGCCUCAACACCUGGACCUUCGACAACGACGUGUGUGGACGCGGCGAGGCGCGCCUACGUGUCACGUACUGCGACUUGGGUGAGUUUUCCUGCGACGACGGCAGCUGCGUGGAUCUGGCGAGGCGUUGCGACAUGGAGGUGAACUGCAUCGACGGUUCAGACGAGGCGGGGUGCAGUGUGCUGAGGCUGCCCGUCGGCUACAACAAGAUGGCGCCGCCUCCACGCCCAAGCCCCGGCAGCCCCGUGCCCGUGGCCCUGCACAUCACCAUGCUCUCCGUGCGUGCCUUUGACCUGACGGGCUUUAAAUUCGUGUGCGAGUUGGAGGUGCGGCUGUCCUGGCACGACGCGCGCGUCACCCUGCGCCACCUGCACAGCCAGGAGACGCUGAACGCCGUGCACCAGCGGGAGGAGCACGCCCCAUGGAUGCCGCAGAUGGAGUUCUUCGGGGACGCCUACACAACCAGCGACGUGGAGGAGCGGCGCUCCCUCCUGCGUGCCUUGCGCGUCUCUGAUCCCCUGCCUGACGACGAGGAGAACCUGUGGGAGGCUUACCCACAACGCCACCGCCUCGCUGAUAAGGAUAAGGGAUAA